AUGGUUUUAUUUGUCAAUGGUGCAGGAAGUGCCCCUCGGCUAGCAGAGAAAUAUUGCGUUUGCCACCUGGCGACUGGAGACAUGCUGAGGGCCAUGGUGGCUUCAGGCUCCGAGCUCGGCAAGAGGCUGAAGGAGACGAUGGAUUCUGGCAAACUGGUCAGUGAUGAGAUGGUCGUGGAGCUCAUAGAGAAGAACCUUGAGUCGCCGGCCUGCAGGAAUGGAUUCCUGUUGGAUGGAUUCCUCCGAACGGUCAAACAAGCAGAGAUGUCUCCUAUGCCUCCAGUGUUACCUGUAGUUCAGUCUCCAGCGCCUCCAGUGUCACUUUCAGCUCAGUCUCCAGCGCCCCCAGUGUCACUUUCAGCUCAGUCUCCACGCCACCGUCGUCUGGUCCAGCCACCGAGCCUUCAGCCUCCCCUGCAGCCGUCUCCGAGCCUUCAGCCUCGCCUGCAGCCGCCUCCGAGCCUUCAGCCUCGCCUGCAGCAGCGGCUUCAGCUUCGCCGUCGCCUGGCCCAGUCCGUGUCUUCGCCUUCGCCAUCGCCUGGCCCAGCCUCCGUGUCUUCGCCUUCACCGUCACCUGGCCCUGCCUCCAUGUCUUCGCCUUCCUCGUCGCCUGGCCCUGCCUCCGUGUCUUCGCCUUCAGCGUCACCUGGUCCUGCCUCAUCUGGGUCUGCGGUUAAUCGGCCACCUUCCAGGCUACUGGUCGGGCGUCAUCGCCGCCAUUGCCUUCCACACGGCCGGCCCCGGACCCCCUUCGCCUGA